AUGUCCGAACCCGAUUGGACAGAUGUCAAGGCUGUACGGGCUUGGCUUGGGAAACGCUACCAUGUUGCCAAUAGAGAAACAGGCUCACCCUUCUUUCAAUACCUGAAAGACGAGCUGGCAAAGGGUAACAAAAUUCAGGGUCGUGAGACCCAUCUCUCUAGAGCUGAAUUUCUAAGAUGGGUUUGGGAUACGAAUACGGGACCGAAUGGACCGCGUGGAUUUCACUACUCAAUGGAUGCGAUGCGCAUUCCGUACUAUCCAGAGUUCAUCGAUGAAUCGUCACUGUCAAGGUCGCCGAGCCCUGCGCACGGUGGCAACAUGACUAGACGCGGAGAAUCAAAUGCGUCCGAUGGACACCUCCCAGAUCAUCAUCAAAGUUCCAACCCACCAAGAAAUAAAGCAACGAACAAGCCACGGAAAAGGAAGCUCGGACGUAAGAGCAAGAGCGCAAAACAAACAGUGUCGACUUCUUUGGACGAUGAAAAAUGCGCAAAGCAAUCGAGAGUUAAAGCACCACUCAGCGCGAGCGAUUCAAAGGCAAUGGGAAUUUCGAAAGGCGUGAAACGGAUCGACGCAGAGGCGCUACGAAGGCAAAAAGCACGUGUCAGUACGUUGCGAUCAAGGGUCAAUUGCAAGCGUGGCAAGACAGACUUCUUUCACCCUGAACAAACAUCCCAUCGCCAAAAGCUCUCGUGA